GUGCGGGGAUUUAACUCAGAGACGCGGUUGCUGCUGUCACAGUUGCUCCUGGAUUCUACAUUGUGCGGAUCUCUUCUUCACACUGCAAACAUGGCUCUGAAAGUGAUCGUAAUAUUCGCUCUGAUGGCGGUCGUUAUUCAUGCACCGGUUUCAAAUGCCAAGCCCAUCAGCCUGGUAGAGAGAUGCUGGUGCCGUUCCACAGCCAACACAGUCCCACAGAGAAGCAUUCGCGAGCUCAAGUUCGUCAACACACCCAACUGCCCCUUCCAAGUCAUUGCCAAACUGAAGAACAACAAGGAGGUGUGCAUUAACCCAGAGACCAAAUGGCUGCAACAGUACUUGAGGAACGCCAUGAACAAAAUGAAAAAAGCCCAACAACAGCAGAGCUAAGAAGUCUGCCAGAUGACAAGGGAAUCUGACAGCCCACCGUCACAGAUAUGUACCAUAUAGUCCUCUGGCAUGCUUGCUGACCCAGCACUUAACCUGCCAAAUAUGCAUCCCAAAUAAAUGACUCUGCAAACGACCACCAGACCACCGUCGCCACCCAUGUAGUCUUCUCUGUUAGCGCCAAGUGCAAUUAUAUAUGUAUGACUGUGUUUUUUUUUUUGUUUUUUUUUUUUACGUAUGAUAUGUAUAUACAAUGUUUUCUUAUAUAUCGUUUUAAAAACAGUAAAGAGAUAUUUUUGGAGUCGUGUUUGCUCCUUGUUUGUUGUGUUAUGUUGGAUUAGGCAGAAUGGCAUUGAAAUAAUGAGGCAUUUUGGAGCAAACAUUCAAAACUCUGAAAUAUAUUUUAAUCUUAGCUGUAACAGAAUGUGUGACUUCACAUUGGCAGGACUGAAGUUCUGACAACUCAUAUGCAUGCAAGUGCUUUGACACUAAAAGAAGGGCAUUGAUUUUCAACUAUUUAGUUACGUAUUUUACUAGUUCAUUACUUAGAUAUCUGUAGCAGCAUAAAUUACAUGUAAACGUUGUAUGGCAUAUAUGAAAAAUAGUCACUUGUUUUUAUUUUUGGAAAGGCAGGGUUAAUUAGCCAAACAAACAUGAACAAUUAAGACCUUGUAUAACCUAAAUGGUUUCUGAAUGACUUUGGGGAAUGUUAUUGGUUUUACUGGAAGGCAUUUGUGCGCCGACAGAGUGUCUUUUGCAACAUUCUGUGCAUACCAAAACAUCUGUGGUUGCAAAUGUUAAUUGACAGAUCAGAGUGUGCGUAAGGAGCUCGGCGUCACAAAAUAAAUGUUUCUUCACGCUCAGCAGAAUUAAGUCAUGAUCAGAGACAUCAGAGACAGUUGUGCGUCAGUUAACAAAACUUAGAGAAUUUACUGCAAGUAAUAAUGAGCUAAUUCAUUUAUUGAAUGAUGAAAACUAAAUCAUGGUAGGCAUGAUAAUCUUUAUAAAACAGCAGUGUUAGUGGAACAUCUGAGGUAGACCUUGAGGCAGAACUAAUUGACGUAAUGACUACCUAUAUAUAACAAUGCACUUUAUAACCCUUGCGACUUUUGAAGAGAAAAAAAAAAAAACAAGAUUCUGAAUGACGUCCAUUACGUAGUGAAAAGUACUGGUGCUUAAUGUUUUCUUUGUUUAGACGUAGUUAUGAAUGUAAUGCCAAAUUUAUUAAACAUUUGUAUCUUCAGCAUCAUAUUUUAUUAGUUUGAGUGGGUUUAUUUUAUAUUUUUGUGGAAUAUUUGACCACUAUGUUUUAAGAACAGUCAAAUUAUUCAUUUAAACAUCAACAGCUGCUGAAUAACUGACAUGUACAUGAUACAUGUCAAUAAAUACAUUACAGAAAAAAAAUCUAACAUCUCAAAAUCCCCCCAGUGAAAAAUGAAUCAAUAAUUUUGAAAAUCUAAGCAUGUUUCAUGUUUCUCUUGGACAGCGGUUUUGUCUAGGAAAACACAAUGUAAACACAAACAUAUAGCAAAGUAUACCAAUGCCUUGUACCUCUCCAAAGAAAAUUUGUGUUAAAUUACUGCCAACUUCAUAACGUUGAGCCUUUAAAAGAACCAGACCUCACAAACGCAACCCUCAGGCACAAAAUCUAUAAGGAAACAUAAUGCCUCUACAUACUCUGUGCCUCUCCUGGAGUCUGUGUAUAUGAUGAGGGUUAGAGCCCCCCACCAGUAAAGUACAUCUUGGAAAAAUAUCAUGCACUCUUUGAAAAGGGCUCAUUUUCAAAAAAUAAAGACAGACGCAAAGCUUUACUCAUUUAAAAUGCCCCAGUGCAUUGAUGCCAAUAAACAAAACAUUUCCAGGAUUAAAUGGAAACGUAAGAGUAGCUAUUUUAUAUAUAUUCCAACAAAUUGCCAAUAUUCUCAACAAUGUAACAUAAGUAACUGUAGCAUAUGUCCUUCCAUUCAUUUUUCCCACUUAAUGUGAACAUUACUUCUGUGUAUAUGGCAGCUUAAAACACAUCUGUUGUUCUUUCUUUUGUAAAUCUGUAUAUUGAUUUGAUUUAGUCCCUUACGUGUUCAUUUUGAAAUAAAUCAUUAUGAAUUA